UAGCCUCUCCUGUGGACGCACUGUGUACACGCCGAGAGAGAGAGAGAGAGAGAGAGAGAGAGUGGUGCAGCAACAGGAACCACAUGAGCAGCGGGAGGAGUCGCGAGAGCAGAGGCUUCAGCGGCGAAUAAAAGUCCACGCCCCUCUCUGCCAAGCAUCCAUUUACUGAGGAGCUGAUUCAGUCUGCUGCUUCACUGGAUGCGUACAGACUCCAGUGCUGUGCGGCUCUCUGUGGAUCUGGAUAACGGCACCGGGGAGUCGUCUUCGAGAGGUUUUGUUGCAUCACUCUUGCCUGAAAUGUCCACGAUGGAUGUUUUGUAACCUCUGAGGGGAAGGAGAAUUCACAACAAGAGCAUCUGAAACUGCAGCUGAUGGCAGCUGUGUGAAAACCGUCUCCCCCCCGGAGAACCUGGAGAAAUUUCACACGCCGACAAAACCGCCGAGGAGGCGCACGAUCCACCAUCCGCCACAAGGAUUCCACAGGUUGCCCUCAAGCGUUCGGACAGAAGUUUUCCAACAUGACCACUAUGCAAAAGCUGCUGCAGCUGCCGGUGAACGCGGUGAACAUGGUGAAGACGGUGCAGAGCCAGGUGCAGGGCCAGGAGGAGGACAAGAGCCCCGUGCUGUCCCCCGACGGCGGGCAGCACUCCUGGUACAGCGCCCUGCAGCCCGACGAGCUGCGCCACCUCCGAUCCGGAGGCACGGGCGGAGGAGGAGGAGGCGGAGGAGGAGGAGGAGGAGGAGGAGGAGGAGGAGGGGACCAGGAGGAGCGGUCGGCUCUGGAGGACGGUGGCGGCAGCGGGGGCUUCCAAAGUCAGCCUUUGCGACAUGACGACUUGAAGGAGAUGCUGGACAGCAACAAAGACUCCUUGAAGCUGGAGGCGAUGAAGCGGAUUGUGGCCAUGAUCGCCCGCGGGAAAAACGCUUCAGAUCUCUUCCCUGCCGUGGUGAAGAACGUGGCCUGUAAAAACAUCGAGGUGAAGAAGCUGGUCUACGUUUACUUGGUGCGUUACGCCGAGGAGCAGCAGGAUCUCGCUCUGCUCUCCAUCUCCACGUUUCAGCGAGGCUUGAAGGAUCCGAACCAGCUGAUCAGAGCCAGCGCCCUGCGAGUCCUAUCCAGCAUCCGGGUGACGAUCAUCGUCCCCAUCAUGAUGCUGGCCAUCAAAGAAGCUGCGUCCGAUAUGUCCCCGUACGUCAGGAAGACGGCCGCUCACGCAAUCCCAAAACUCUACAGUUUGGAUCCAGAGCAGAAGGACCAGUUGAUUGAGGUCAUAGAGAAACUCCUCGCAGACAAAACCACGCUGGUGGCGGGGAGCGUUGUCAUGGCUUUCGAGGAGGUGUGUCCGGAGCGCAUCGACCUGAUCCACAAGAACUACAGGAAGCUGUGCAACCUCCUGAUCGACGUGGAGGAGUGGGGGCAGGUCGUCAUCAUCAACAUGCUGACCCGCUACGCCAGGACCCAGUUCCUCAACCCAAACAUCAACGAGUCUCUGCUGGAGGAGGGAGGGGGCGGCGAGAAGACCUUCUACGGCUCCGACGAGGAUGAGGACGACGACGACGAGGACGACAAGGAGAAGAAAGCCGAGGCUGCAACCUUGGCCAAGAGAAAGCCGUACGUGAUGGAUCCAGAUCAUCGGCUGCUGCUGAGGAACACAAAGCCGCUGCUGCAGAGCCGCAACGCAGCUGUGGUGAUGGCUGUGGCUCAGCUAUAUUUCCAUCUUGCCCCCAAAGCAGAGAUCGGGGUGAUCGCCAAGGCCCUGGUCCGUCUCCUGCGGAGCCACAGUGAGGUCCAGUACGUUGUUCUUCAGAACGUGGCAACAAUGACGAUCAAGAGAAGGGGGAUGUUUGAGCCGUACCUGAAGAGUUUCUACAUCCGCUCCACAGACCCAACCCAGAUCAAAGUCCUCAAGCUGGAGGUUCUCACCAAUUUGGCCAAUGAGACGAACAUCUCCACCAUUCUGAGAGAGUUUCAGACAUACAUUAAAAGCAUGGAUAAAGAUUUUGUGGCCGCGACGAUCCAGGCCAUCGGCCGCUGUGCGACCAACAUCGGAGAGGUGAGGGACACGUGUCUGAACGGCCUGGUGCAGCUGCUGUCCAACAGAGACGAGUUGGUGGUCGCCGAAUCUGUGGUUGUCAUCAAGAAGUUGCUGCAGAUGCAACCGGAGAAGCACAGCGACAUCAUCAAGCACAUGGCGAAACUAACGGACAACAUCCAGGUGCCGAUGGCGCGGGCCAGUAUCUUGUGGCUGAUCGGAGAGUACUGUGAGCAUGUACCUAAGAUUGCCCCAGACGUCUUGAGGAAGAUGGCCAAGUCUUUCACAAACGAGGAGGACAUUGUCAAGCUGCAGAUCAUCAAUUUAUCCGCAAAGCUGUAUCUCACCAAUUCCAAACAGACCAAACUGUUGACGCAGUAUGUUCUCAACUUGGCCAAGUACGACCAGAACUACGACAUCCGUGAUCGGGCGCGCUUCAUUCGCCAGCUCAUUGUGCCCACGGAGAAGAGCGGGGCUCUCAGCAAGUACGCCAAGAAGCUGUUUCUCGCCCUCAAACCUGCACCGGUCCUCGAGUCUCCGUUUAAAGAUCGGGACCACUUCCAGUUGGGCUCACUGUCCCACCUGCUGAAUGCCAAGGCCGGGGGCUACCAGGAGUUGCCCGACUGGCCCGAAGCCGCCCCAGACCCCUCCGUGCGCAACGUGGAGGUGAAGGAGUCUACAGAGGAAGUCGUAUCCACCAGCGAGGGGCGGAUCGGCUUGUUAGGGGCCUGGCGAGAGGUGCCCGAGUGGACCAAAUGCAGCAGCCGGGAGAAGCGGAAGGAGAAGAAGGUGGAGAAGCCGUUCUACUCGGACUCGGAGGGCGAGUCCGGGCCGACGGAGUCGGCCGAUAGUGAGUUGGACUCUGCCAGCGGUUCAGAGAGUGGCAGCGGCAGCGAGGAGAGCGGGUCGGGAUCCGAGAGCGACGAGAGUGAGGAAGGCUCUGAGUCUGAGCAGGAGUCUGAGGAGGACAAAGAGGAAGACAAGAAGAAGAAAAAGAAAGAAUUAAAGAAACCAGUGCGAGAAAGUGAAAGUGAGCAGAGUAGUGAAGAAGAAGAAGAGACGAAGCGCGAGAAGAAGAGUAAACAACGCAAGAGCGACUCGGAGUCGGAAUCUGACGAAGAGGAGGAGAGCGAGUCCGAAAGCAGCCAGUCAGAGUCUGAAGACUCCGAGUCUGAGGCAGAGGUCAAAAAGAAAAAAAAGGCAGCUGAUUCUAAACCUCCCCCCAAACCUGUCAAGACAGAGAACAAGAAGGAGAAGAAAGAAAUGUCUCUGCUCGACCUCGACGACUUUGAACCUUCACCGUCUCCUCAAGUCACCCCCGUCAACACCUUCAUGUCCAACAGCCUUGUGACUGACCUGGAGGGCUUGUCUUUGUCUGACAGCGUCCUCUCCUCGGCAACCAUCACUCCGUCCAGCGCGUCGAAGAGCUACGAGCUGCUGCACCGGAUCACAGGGGAGGGCCUGUCUGUGGAGUAUUGCUUCAGCCGGCAGCCUUUUAGCCCCGACGGCAACAUGGUGGCGGUGCAGGUGCAGUUCAACAACAGCGCCGCAUCUGAAACCAAGAACCUGCACAUGGAGGACGUGAAGCUGCAGUGUGGGAUGAGAGUGAAAGAGUUCCCAGAGAUUGAGCUGCUGCCGGCAGGUGAGGCGGCCACGGCUGUGAUGGGCAUCGACUUCUGUGACUCAACACAAGCGGCAAACUUCCAGCUGUGCACUCACACCAAGAAAUUCUUCGUCUCCAUCCAGCCGCCGGUCGGGGAGCUGAUGAGGCCCGUCUUCCUCACAGAGAAUGAGUUUAAAAAGGAGCAAGGUCAGCUGAUGGGUAUGAAUGAAAUCACAGAGCGGCUGACUCUGGACGCAAAGUGCCGGAACGAACACACCAUCGUCCAGCGGGUGACCACCGCCGCCAACCUCAGCAGAGUCCCCUGUGGUUCAGAUAAAGAGUGCAGUCUUCCUCCUCCUCCUCCUCCUCCUGACCAUCCUGUCCACAGGUUCGCCGGCAGGACGGUGACCAGCGGCAGCCUAGUGCUGGUCAGCGUGGUGACCAAAGAGGAAGGGGCCGCCCAGCUCACGGUCAACUGCGAGAAAAUGGUGAUCGGCACCAUGCUGGUGAAAGACAUCCUCCUGGCGCUGACGCAGUGACCCGUGUCUGCGCUCGAAGCUUCGCCCUCCACCGCUCCACCCGCCUCUCACACAUCGUCCAUGACUCAUCACGUGUGUAGCAUCUCCUCCGUUCUCCUGUAAGAAAUGAGGAUGUUUCCAGAAUGUUUAACUCCGGGUUAGUGCCCCCCCCACUUUAAGAAAUUACUCCUAGAAACACUGAAUGCCACAGCUGUACGCGAUACUCAUGACAAUCAGACGUGACUGAUGUUCGACCUGAUGAAAUCCCUCACCCCCGUCUAAAGUUUUUUAACAUUUCAUCAUCCAAAAAUACUUAUUUUGCAACACAUUUUUUCUUCCUUGAGGACCCGAAUGGAUUUAGUUUCUAUGAGAAUGAUAAACAUAGAUGAGUGAGCAUGUUUUAAACGUAAGAUUUAAUUAAGAUGAAAAGUAACUCCCAUCCAAAAUACAUCUGAGGAAUAAAAAGUGUCCGAAUUUACUCAAAACAAAUAUACAGCACAAAUAUUACAGGAGCCUGCCUCAUAGUUCAUUCAGUUUGAGAUAAAAAAUAUUCUCAGCAGGAGGUUCACUUACUUUAUGUUUUCUAAGCUUUCAGCUGCAUCUCAUGACCUUCCUCGGGGGAUGGACUCACUGAGAGGAUGCAGGCAAGUUUAUCUGUGUAGCACCUUUCAACAACAAGAAAAAGCCAUUAAGACAAGAUAUACACUAAACACAAGGCAAAGAGAAAAAAUAUUACAAUAGUGAGCUAAAACCGAGUAAGACAGGAAUUACUUUGCAGUGCAAGAUAUGAAUGAAUAUUCCAAAAGGUUAUUUGAUAAAAAAAGCUAUGGAAAAUAGAAAUGUUUUAGGCCUUGAAAAUAAGUUUGAGUUCGUUUUCUGGCAAUGUGGCGGCAAUAUUUGGUGCAUAAAAGCUAAAUGCUGCCAAUAAUUAUAAUUGUAAUUAUAAUACUUUUUUCAUGUCCGCUUUAUUCGACACAUUUAAGAGAGACUAAAAACGUCAGGGGACAGAGAGGGGAAGGCAGCGAGGACUCAGCCUUGUUGGUGACAUGUGCUGCACUAGACUAGACGAGCUGUGCUGCCCCCUUUUAUGAUUAGUCUGGACUUUUGGGGACAGUAAGUAGACAUGAUAAGUAUGGACAGUUAAUUAUGUGGCAGCAGAUCAGAGAUAUGAGCUGGAAACAAGACGACAUGAGCUGUCUGAGAACAUCAAACCAGAACUAGGCACAGCAUCGACUGGGAACAGGUACAACCCCCCCCGGCUGACCUGAGAGAGAUGAAGGAGGCGGUUCACAUCCCACAAUGUGCUCAAUUGUAAUGACGUGAGUGUGAGUGGUCGUAAUGACAUCUGCGCAAACUCCAUCUGCUGAGGAAAGUCAUGAGAUGUGGCACAACGCUGUGAAAGCAAUAAGCAAGUUGAGUUUAAAAAAAUGUUAAAACUAUCAUUAAAACUAUGGUGGCUAAGAAGGUUUUUAUUAUUCUCUAACGAGUGGACGCACAUAUCUGUCACACCAGUUUUCACUUUUAGCUUGUCAGGUGCCAGCUCUCAGACUAUCUGAAGAUGGAGAUACUGUAGGUAAUGGAUACUGUAGGUUUAAAUCCCUAAGAGCAGGUCACCACAAAAACACUGUAAGAUCUGCUUCAUCAGUACUCCUCCCAUAUUUGAGUUGGAAAUCAAAUGUAGCGCGACUGAGGCUCGACGGAGACGACAAUUGCCUGCAACCGGAUCCGUAUAGGCACAAUAAAUGUUGAUCAUCAAUGACUCACCUCUCCUGAUUUAAAAAAAAGAAGGAUGUCCAUGUCAAAUUCUGCAGUUUAGCAUUUGCGUACAAGUAGUUGUCAUAGUGUGAUGUUCAUUACAGUAAGUGGGGGCAUUCAUAAAAACUGAAAAUGUAUAAAUGUCAUUGUAUGUAUUGCGACAUGUAAUACAGUAAUACUAUAAGGUAUGGUGUGUGUGUGAGUGUGUAUGAGUGUGUGUGUUUGUGGGUGUGAUGGUUAUGUUACUUUAACAAGCUGUUUUCUUUAACAAAUGACUCGGACAAACAUACUUAACAAAAGUCACCAGAUUCUGACAAAUCCAUUGAUGCUAAAUGAUUAUGACUAAAUUGUGGAGAAAAAAACCCAUUCACAUUCAAAACGCUGAAACAAGACCUUUAUAACUAAUUGACCAUCAAAACAGCUGCCUAUUAUUUUUUUGUCAAACGCCUAAAUAUUUCAGCUCUACCAACUACACAGUUCAUACAGGGCAACCUGAGGUUGUUUUUUUUUAAAGAAUAGUUUCACAAUUUCAGGAAAUACACUCAUUUGUUUUCAUGCUCACAGUAACGACUAAAUAGCUUCAUUCUUCAUUUUAGUCGUCAUUCACAAUUGUUAAAUAAACUUUUGCAACUUAAAUACAAUUUCCCUUUGACAUCAUGUAAAGAUAGUGUUUUACAUUUUUGAGAAUCAGUUACAAUACCUUCAGAUGCUUUUAUGAUAAUGUCAUAGAUGUUGAGGUUGAGUGUCAGGUGACGCUUCUCAUGCCUUUUAUUACAUUCUGAUUUCAGGUCUGAGGUCAUGUUGCAUCUUUGUCAUCAGCCCACGUGUGUCCAGUGGCUGCACAUUAUUUUAUCAUUUCUAACAAAGUGUUUUUGUUAAUUGUUUCUUUACUGUUGUGUUGCUGUUUUUUUUUUACCAAAGGAGUACGGCCCAGCGAAACAUUGAAUUGUUGAAUUGUUAAAACAUUUGGACCUGAGAUUUCCAGUCAUGGCAGCGCAGCCAUUAUGAAGAAUGUAAAGAGUUAGGAAAGAGUUAACUUCAAAUGUAAAAACAGAAAGCAAAACAGUUUUCACACUCCUCAUUUUCUCCGCAACGAAUUUCAAAUAUCCAAAAUUAUGGUUUAUCAUACCCUGUGUGUGGUUGUGAAAUGUGGUCCUGAAGCAUUACAGGUUUAUUUAUUAUACAAAUAAAAAAGAAAUACAAAUAA